GCAAUGCAUUGUGGGCCGUCGGCUGACGGAGAAGCCAACAUGGCGGUGAAUCCGAGGCACAGGACCGAACCUGCAGCAGUAAAAGGCCGUGAAUGAAGUCCACCGCACAGCGARCCCCAGCGCCUCCGCCCAGCCCCAGAUCCUCCGCAGCGCCCGAAGAGGCCGGAACCCUUCACCAGCAGCCGGACUUCCCGAACCUCAGAGGAGCCAGUCUCGUAUGAGUUCCGACGAGAAGGAGGACUGUGAGUGUGCGACACCACAGGCCGAGGCCAGCCCCGACAGAGGACCUGACAGAUGUGAAUUACCUGACAGAGGAGAAGGUCUACGAGAUCCUAGACAUCUGUGGAGAGAAGGAGGACUACUCCCCUCUCAUCCGGGUCAUAGGUCGGGUCUUCUCCAGCUCUGAGGGCCUGGUGCAGAGCUUCCGCAGGUGCAAACCUCACACCAAGGAGGAGCUGAAGUCUCUCCAGGUGAAGGAUGAGGACAAGGAUGAAGACGAGAAGGAGGCAGCAGCGUGCUCAGCCACAGCCAUGGACGAGGACUCACCCACCUCCUCCUCAUCGUCCAGGCUGGGCGAGGGCUCCUCGGGAGAAAACGAUGUCCAGAAGCUGGCGCCGGAUGAGGUGUCRGUGGACAUCGAAGCCGUGCGGCGAGUCUACGAGCGCCUCCUGUCCAACGAGAAGAUCGAGGCCGCCUUCCUGAACGCUCUGGUCUACCUCUCGCCAAACGUUGAGUGUGAUCUGGCGUACCACAACGUGUACUCCAGAGACCCCAACUACCUGAACCUGUUCGUCAUCGUGAUGGAGAACAGCAACCUGCACAGCCCCGAGUACCUGGAGAUCGCUCUGCCGCAGUUCUGCAAGGCCAUGAGCAAGCUGCCGCUGGCCGCCCAGGCCAGGCUGGCCCGCCUCUGGUCCCACUACAGCGCCGAGCAGAUCCGCAGGAUGAUGGAGACCUUCCAGCAGCUCACCACCUUCAAGGUCAUCAGCAACGAGUUCAGCAGCCGCAACCUGGUCAACGACGACGAYGCCGUGGUGGCGGCCACCAAGUGCUUGAAGAUAGUGUACUAUGCAAACGUGUUGGGAGGCGAUCUGGACGUGGAGAACAACGAGGACGAYGACGACGAGCCCAUCCCCGAGUCCAGCGAGCUCACGCUGCAGGAGCUGCUGGGCGAGGAGCGCCGCAACAAGAAGGGCCCUCGGGUGGACCCUCUGGAGACGGAGCUGGGGAUCCGCACCAACGACUGCCGGCGRCCGCUCAUCCCCUUCGAGGAGUUCAUCAACGAGCCCCUGAACGAGGUGCUGGAGAUGGACAAGGACUACACCUUCUUCAAGGUGGAGACGGAGAACAAGUUCUCCUUCAUGACGUGCCCCUUCAUCCUGAACGCCGUCACCAAGAACCUGGGCCUGUACUACGACAACCGCAUCCGCAUGUACAGCGAGCGGCGCAUCACGGUACUCUACAGCCUGGUGCAGGGCCAGCAGCUCAACCCCUACCUGAGGCUGAAGGUCCGCAGGGACCACAUCAUCGACGACGCUCUGGUCAGG